AUGAUGUAUGCCAAUCUGAUGAACAACUACUUCAACCCCAACUCGGUAUACACAGAAAAAGAUUUCAAACGUCGUUUUCGGAUGAUGCGUCAUGUCUUCGAGCGUUUACUUUAUGAUGUUCAGCAAGUCAAUCCAUACUUUCGACAUAGGCUGGGCAAAGCAAGCCACCCUGGUUUCUCAACUCAUCAGAAGCUUUACAAAGAGGAGUAUAUCUGCGAGCUAAAUCAAGAAGAUAUGGAUCAGCUCAUUCGCAAAGUUGAAGACCGUGAGUUUUCGGGCAUGAUAGGGUCAUUAGACUGUAUGCAUUGGACUUGGAAGAACUGUCUCACCGGAUGA